AUGGAGAUCUUCAAUGCCCACAGAGCUUUUGUCAUCCUUUCUGUUCUCACCUCCUUCUCUUUCUUUCUCCUUCCUGGAUGUGCGUCAUCUCUAGCCGGAACCAUAGAAAGAACGUCGAAGCAGCAAGUCCUAGCAAGCCUCCCGCCAAGUCAUGAAACCAUGCCAACAUAUGGCUCUUCCCAGCAAUUCCUCACUUCACCAUCAGCAAAGUACGCUGCUUUUCUUGUCAGAACAGAGAACUCAAUUGGCGGAGGCGGUUUUGGAAACGACUUCUGUUACAUUCAAGUUCAACAAUCAGGCCAAAGUGUUUGGGAAUCCGAAUGCACCUCAGUGAGCAAUGCUGACACUUGCACACUAGUCUUCUCGGAUGCAGGCCUUGAGUUAUUCGAAGGGAGUCAUUCGGCUUGGGAUACAGGUGCUGAUGACGAGCAUUUGCAGACGUUGGACUUGCUUGAUGGUGGUGACAUGGAAAUAAGGGACAAAGAUGGCAAGCUGGUAUGGAAGACGAGCAAUACUCCUUCAGUGAAUCAAAAUUGUGGCUAUUUGGGGACUCCUGGAAUUGCUCCUGCAAUUGAAAAACAAUCUUUGGGCAACCAAGAGGUGGGUUAUACACAACAGAGUGAGAGCCAAAACCAGCCAUUCUCGAGUUCUAAUAAGCCAUUUUCUUCUUGCAACCGGCAUUUCCCGGGCUUUAACCAACCACUUGUCUCUAACAAGCAGCCUUUUGGGACUAAUAACCAACAAGGCUUGAGGAACAAAACUCCUUUUGAUAGAGGGGUUUCUGUGAAGAAGAAAUUCAGUGCUAGAGUUGCUUUGGUUUCUCUAAUUAGUUUGAUGUUUGCCUUCUGA